CCCAAAGGGGAUCAGCGAAGUGUUGCCCGAGUUCUGCCCAAUGUUGGGUUCGUUUAGUGAAGUGUUGGUCCGCUCGGAUUGGAAACGUUUCGUAUCAUUCGAAGCUAGACGUGCGAGAGAGUCGCGCAUUUCCAAGUGAUGUGAAAAUGAAAAUAGGAAAAAUUAUGUGAUGGAGAAAAUUGUUUUUCCAAUAAUUUAUUGUCUCGGAGAAUAGCAGUAAAAAUUUCCGCGGAUAUUUCAAAUAUCUGCAAGUUGAAAAGUAGUGUUUCAUAAAUCGUUUAAAAUUCAAAAUGAAUUUAUCGGCGCGGAACGUUUUGUCCAGAAGCAAUCGUAAAAGGAUUAACGAUGGAAGUACUCGCACGACGAAUAGAUUCACCUGUAAUUUUUGUUACAUGCUUGAUGAACUUGGCUAUCGCCUAACAAAUCCGGAAAAUAUUCUACAACCGUAAACAGAACCAGAACAGUUUAAAAUCGGGAAACUGGGCCCAAAAAGUAUCGUCAACAAAACUUGUGACAUUCUCGCUGCCCAAUGUUUACAACAAACCACGCAAAUCGUGCAUGUAUUUUAUCGUUGGUCGAUUUUGUUUUUUUUUUUAAAGAAAAAGGGCGUUCGUGGACUUGGUUUGUCUUCUUGAACAUCAAAUAAAAGUUAUAAAACAUUACGGAGACACUUUCAUGAACUGUAAAAAAAUCCAGCGGGCUGUGCAUUUAAUGGAAGAAAAAGAGUGUACCUCCAGAGGCAAGGAUUAAUAAACGUUUUCAACCUGUUCUAUCUGCCGGGAAAUCACCGGAGCUCGCAGCUUCCGGUGUUCCGGUGCCUUGUGGUCCAAUCAGUGGAUACGCUAAGGAUACGCAAUGGCUGAACACAUGGAGGAACCGCCGCUGAAGCGGGCCAAGAUGCGGGAUGCCAAUGAGGGCAUCCUCGACACGAUGUUCGACCUGGAGAGCCACCUCCCGGACGAACUGAUGGGCGACAACAGUUGGGUGGACACGCUAACAGGAGGCGGUAAGCCCCCAGGGCCCGGUCCAGGACCGCAAAUGAAUGGUACCGGCGGGCCGGAUGAUCCCGGCGGAACAUCCAACAUGGCCCAAAUGGCUCAGAUGCGGCAGCAACAGCUACAUCAACAGCAACAACAACAACAGCUACACCAUCUCAUGGUACAGCAGGGUAACAAAAAUAUGCCAGGACAACAAAUGUUAGGAAUGGGGCUAGCCAACAAGAAUCCUAAUAUGAUGCCUAUAAACCAAAGUAUGACCAACAACAUGGUAGUCGGAUCGAUGGGUGGAGGCACUAUGAUGGGGGUCAAUAGUAUUGCACAGAAUAAUGGAGGCGGAUCGAUUAUUACGAAUAGUAAUAUGGGACUCAGUGGUGGAGUUAUGACCGGUGGCGGAAUUGUGAUAAACAACAACAUGAAACAGGGUGGACCAAAUCCGGGACUGAUGCAUCAGUUGCAACCCAACGCGAUGCAAAACGGACCGAUGAACAAUCCCGGACGCAUAGGUAUGCCUGGACAACCGGGACAGCAUAUGCAGCGGCCUCAUAUGAAUCAAGGUCUACGGCAGCUCAUGAACCACAACGUAGGAGGGAUGGGAACCCAAAUGAACCAAAUAGGAGGACCAGGUGUCCCUUUUGGAGGAUACCAGCAACCAAAUGUGAACGUGAUGAAUGCCGGUGGCUUGGCUCCGGUACGAGGAUCUCCUCCAACAAUGGCCCGGAUGCCAAACAUGCCAAUGGCCGGAGCGAGGAUGGGAAAUCCGCUUGGAGCAAACAUCAUGCCAGGUCCUGGAAUUGGUAUGAACGUUGUUAACGAAGGCGGUGUAGCACCACAAGCUCAACCUCAAGCGCCUUCUCCAGCUCAACCUCAAUCCGGAAAACCCACAGCCCAAAUUCGACCACAAUCGGCAACCCAAAAUCAACCCAUGAACCAGAUGAAUUCUGCGGGCCCUGUGGGCGCAGCAGGUGCUCCAUCAGGUGCUACCGGUACUCAACCAAUCGCAGCUCAAGGUGGUCCGGGUAAUCCUUUAUUAGCUGAUCCUGAAAAACGGAAACUUAUUCAACAACAGCUGGUUCUGUUACUACACGCUCACAAAUGCCAACGAAGGGAAACAGAAAAUCCAAACAGCAACAAUUGCACUCUUGCCCAUUGUCGAACGAUGAAAGAAGUGCUAACCCAUAUGCAAUCCUGUCAACUAGGAAAAAAUUGUCCGAAAACUCAUUGUUCUUCGUCCCGACAAAUCAUCAACCAUUGGAAGAAUUGUCAGCGACAGGACUGUCCGGUUUGUUUGCCUUUACGAGAUACCAACAAGUACAAGAAUCCCCAACAAGCCGGACAGCAGCAGCAACAACAACAACAACAGCAACAGCAAAAUCAACAAAAUCAGCUCAAAAACCAGUUACAGCAGGGUGUCGGACAGGACCCUACCCAACAACAACAACAGCAACCAGGACAACAAGGUUCAAAUCAGUCGGGCCAAAUGCCAGGACCAUUUAAUCAAAUCGGAGGUGCUAAUCAGGUCCAAUGUCCAUCUUCUUCUGCUCCGAACUCACUGCCAGGAAAUGCUCAGAUGCCAUUACAGCAGGUGGGGCAACCUGGCAUGCCUGGACAAUCUCAGCAACAGCAACAACAACCUGGUGUUCCACAAAUGGCUGGUGGUAUGCGGAAUUUACCUAUGGGUGCGAAUCAACCCGGCCAAGGUCAAGUUCGAAUGAUGAUUCCGAAUCAAAUGAUGAAUAAUGUACCUCCAAAUGCUACCAGUGAUGCUUCCAGCGUAGGACCUGGUGGACUGCCAGUCACGAGUCAGGCUCCAGGUGGUUCCAAUCAAAAUGUAGUCCAAAUGAAUGCUGGUCUUCAGCAACAACAACCAAAUGCUCAACUGCAGCAACAAAAUCAAUCUCAAAAUAUCAUUCCACUACCGGGCAAUGUCAUGUUUAAUCAAGAUGGCCAAGGUCCUGUUCAACAACAACAGCAACAACAAGGAGUAGCUGCAGGUGGUAACAAUCCUGGAACGGCUGCAGGUGGAAGUGGAAAUUUCCCUCCAAAUCAAAUGGUGGCUGCACCAGUACAAGGUACCAAAGAUUGGCAUCAUUCCGUCACUCCUGAUCUCCGAAAUCACUUGGUACAUAAAUUGGUGCAAGCUAUCUUCCCUUCACCCGACCCAUCUACAAUGUUCGACAAACGAAUGUACAAUUUGGUCGCGUACGCUAAGAAAGUCGAAGGUGAUAUGUAUGAGAUGGCCAAUUCUCGUUCUGAAUACUAUCAUCUGCUGGCGGAGAAAAUAUACAAAAUCCAAAAAGAGCUAGAAGAAAAACGACAGAAGCGGAAAGAGCAGCAAAUGCAACAACAACAAAGGCAAGCACAGGAACAGCAACAACAACUUCAGCAGCCCGGAGGCAAUGCACAGAUUCGAUCCAUGAAUCCAAAUCAAACACCAGGAAUGAUUGGUCCGAAUCUAGGAGCAAAUAAUGUAAUGCAAAUGCCAAGACAAGUUGGGCCAAAUAUGCUAAACCAAAACCAACAAAACCUCAUGUCUCAGAAUCGAAUGCCCUUGAAUGCGGGGCAGCAACAACCUCAGAUGUUCGUUUCACAACCUGGUCCGAGUCCAAACAAUAUGGGUCAGCAGCAGAACACCGUAAUGCCCGGAGGACUCUCUCCCUUCCAACAACAACAACCAGGACUAAACAAUCAUCAGCCCGGAAUGACGCCGCCUUCAUCGCAACAAAAUGUAGCGCAGUUCUUGAACGGUCCGUCUAUUGCGGAUAGCUCACCGAGUGGAUUGCAACAGUUUAACGAUAUUAUGAAGGCCAAGUUUAAUGCAGGACAAGCAGCGGCGGCAGCAGCUGCUCAAAAUAAUUCCAUGAGUGGUAUGAGUGGUCAAACGGUAACACCUUCGAUUCCGUCUCCCUUCGGAAAUAGUAGUAGUGGAAGUUCCAUGCAACAACAGCCCAACCAAACGUUCAAUGGAAACCAAAUGAUGAACGCCAACUGCACAUCCAAUGCUGGACAACAACAGCGAAACAGUUUGGGACAGAUGCCUUCAACGCCAACCGGCGCUGGAGAUUUAUUGAACUCAUCAGGCAACAGUGUACCGAUUCCAUCCCCAUCGCCAAGCUUAACACCAAAUGGGCCAAGUCAACCACCACCCGUAAGCACACCAAAUACACCAAAUGUAUCGGCACUGAUAGCAUCAGUACCGGAACCAACACCUCCUCCUGUAAUAUCUUCGCCUAUACCAAUAUCGACGCCACCUCCACUAGGAUCGUUGAGCAGCAGCGGUGCAACGCCAAGUGCUACCUCAUCGACUACUUCCAUUACUAGUACGGCAUCCAGUGGGCCAACGACCACAACAACGGCCUCAUCAGGAAGCUCUACCAGUACAACGCCAGCCUCGACGACCAUCACCAGUAGUGCUUCUAUUAACAGCAGUAGUAGCAGCUCAGUUCGAACCUCUUCAUCGGCUCUCAGUUCACAGAUGGCGGCACUGGAAGCGGCUGCCCGAGACAGUGAUGAAGAUUCGCAACCAGAAACAAGUGCAGCUAACAAUUCUGGAAACGAAUCUAAUGCUAAGGGAGGCAAGCUAGAGAUCAAGCAAGAAUCGGAUAUCAAAUCUGAACCCGACUCGAAUCAUAUGGAUACCUCCGACAGUACUUCAAAUGCCGGCGGGGGCAAGAGUGUCAACAACGACAACUGUCCAAGCAUCAAGCAAGAAAUAAAGACUGAACCGAUGGACACCAGUGAGGGUGGAGAGGGUGGUGACUCCGAGAAGAACAGUAAACUCGACGUAGUCAAGUGCAAGGAAGAACCCAUGUCUCCCAAUUCGGCUGCUGCAGCUGCGGCUGAUGGAUCCGGCACUGCGAAUGCUGUUGUCAAAAGUGAACCGAAAGUCUUUCCCGAACCGAUUCAAUCGGAUGACGCUGACAGCAAGAAGAAGUGUUCAUUUAAACCGGAGGAAUUGCGAGAAGCCCUUAUACCGACACUGGAAAAGUUGGUGGCCCAAGAACCAGAAUCAAUCCCGUUCAGGAUGCCUGUGGAUCCGACCUCUUUGGGCAUUCCCGACUAUUUCGAUAUCGUCCGGAAACCGAUGGACUUGAGUACGAUCCGAAAGAAGUUGGACUCGGGACAGUACUCCGACCCGUGGGAAUAUGUAGAUGAUGUAUGGCUCAUGUUUGACAAUGCGUGGUUAUACAAUCGGAAAACGUCCCGAGUCUAUCGGUACUGUACCAAGUUGUCCGAAGUGUUCGAGCAAGAAAUAGAUCCGGUGAUGCAAUCUAUGGGCUACUGCUGUGGUCGGAAGUAUACUUUCAAUCCCCAGGUGUUAUGCUGCUACGGCAAACAGCUGUGUACGAUACCGCGGGAUGCCAAAUACUAUAGUUACCAAAACCGGUAUGUAAAAGCUUGGAUUUUAUUAUUCGAAUUCAAAUCAGUCCUUCUUCAUCUUGAAGCGAUAUAUUGAUUGCAUUAUUUAUUU